AUGGACGACGAGGGCGGCGCCUCCCCGUCCCACCACGGCGGCGGCGGCGGCGGCGGCGGAAGCAUCCGCCUGCAAUGCGAAUGCGGCUUCAAGGACGACUACAUUCUCGACGACACCGACGACGGCCGCUUCUACUGCGUCCAGUGCUCCGUCGACCACAACACCCAGGCGACCGCCGUCGAUGACGCCGAUUUCCGAACCCCGGGCAACAUGUCCUUUCACCGAGUUUCCCAACCCUCCAAAACCCCUACCAGAGCCAUCAACCCCCCCGUUGCCCCUCCCUUCGAGGAAGAAAUCGACGAGCUGGGGGCUCAGGUACGGCGGCGCUACGUGGAGGGCCUGCAGGUGUUCCUCUACCAGCAGCUGUAG